AUGGGUCUCCCCCUGUUUGUGGAACCAGUCAAAUUAGACUUGGCCAACAAGACUUCCAUCAAGACCGGAGCUACCUCGCCUCCGCGCUCCGACUCGCGACGCCUGAGCCGAUCGGAGAUCCGCGAUCGUCGCAACGGCAUAAGACGCGCGGGCGUUCGAAUCUAUAGCUCGGCGCAACGAACUGUGUCGCGAAGCGCGCGUGAGCGAUUUCUGCCAUGGGUUGAAGCGUCAUCGCUGUCCAGAGCCCAAGAUCCAACCGAGGCGGCUGGGGCAGAUCGUCGAUCAGGAAUGUUUCGCGGAGUGCUUCGGGAGAUGAGUGGGAGUGAUGAACGUCGCAGGGAGCGGCUCGAAGAGCGCAUGAGUUCGCUAUUCAAUCCCACUUCAGGAUCAGCACCUCCAGAACACGAAAAUAUGUCUGAAGGGGUUGAUCUUGGCUGGUGGUCAGCCAUUGACGGUCAUCGUUUGACGCAUGUGAGGCGAUCAAGAGCGGUAGGUUGUUUUCCCGAAAACGUUCCUAUCUUGGCAAGUGUGAAUCAGUCGUUGAGCCGUCCGCAGCAAGCUCCUCACUCCCAGAUGAACCGGGUCGCCGACGGACCUCGAUUUCUUCCGCCCCGCAGAUCGCAUCCUCGCCAAAAUCAGGAGUCGACAACUGCUCGGUCCGGAGAUUUGUCGCCGCUUGACCCUCAUACGGUUCGAAGCCUAAAUGCCCGCCAGAUGAUGCCUAUGCGAGGCGGUGCCCUGGGUAUGGACGGCCUUGGUGACCGAGAGAGAAGCUUAAGCCCCGAAGGUUGGGACACACUGUUGUCCACGCUCACACCGGAUCCACAACCACCGAGUGCAGGGUCAUCUUUUGCAUCCUUGGCAGCUUCCCAAACUGCUGGACCGUCAUCAGGCACACCUACCUCAGCCCCGGAUACUACAGGCGAAACACUUUUGGACGCUCCCUGCGAAUCUGGAUGCGAAAACUCAGACUUGGAAAUCGAUGAUCCGGAUUACGAGCAUCCUGAUUUCGCAGGCAUUCGGCGAUCCCGACAGGACAUGAGGGAUUUGGAAUUGACGCGGGCAAACCGAGUUGCUCUCAAUACCGGAGACCACAGGAUGGAAAUCGCGGGACAUUUGACACCUGGCAGCCGCAUCACCAGACAAAUCAACACAGCAAACGGGCCCCUGACUAUUUACGAGCGACAGGGGCAAGCAAUCGAACCGACUCGCCCGCCUCGACCAACCAAUAACAUUUCACAAAGCGCCUGGUUCGGUCAGUUCUCGGUCGAGGCCCCUGGUCAAGAAGACGUCAGUCCUGAGGGGCCUGGACAGAACCCAGAAGACGCAAAUCUCCCCACACUGGCGAAUCCAAUGGCCUCAGAAGACGACUGGGCCGGCAUGCAACGCAUUGUUCGAAGUCUUGCCCGAAGAGAAGACAUCCCCGACGAGUGGUGGGCCGAUGCUGGUCUCAGCCGCACUCUCGGACAGGAAGAAUCUAUUACGACGAGUAGCGGUACUCUGCGACAGAACAUUUGA